ACCAUGCCAUAUACACGCACCGACAACCCAUAUAAAACCAUUGCGCUUCGGAAACCACGUAAUUUACAGCUUUUCUUCAAAAAUGAGCUUUUACAGUGUCCGUGAGAAAGCUGACCUUGAAGCAAAGCUCAGAGAGCUGGAGUGUCCAUUCACAUGGGACAUAAGUAAGGCUGACAUUGCAGACCUGGAGGGCAUUACAGAGAAGCUUCAGGAUCGAGUCAAGUUCUGCCCACGCAGAUACCAUGCCACAUAUCUCAACAUCUUAUCAUUUGUGAGCCAUGUUAAGGGAAAUAAUGAGGGUGCCCUUGAGUUCCUCAGUAAGGCCGAGGCCAUCCUUAAGGCAGACAAGGAGGUCCUAACAGCAUUUCUGGUGACGUAUGCUAACUUUGCCUGGGCUCACUUCCACUCUGGCAAUCUGGGUGACGUGGAGACCUACCUUGGGAAGCUGGAGGAGAUAUGCAAAGGUGUCUCUGGGGCCUUGCAAUACUCAUGCAACCUGCCUGAGGUUCAUGGUGAGAAAGCCUGGACCUUUCUGAGGCUCGGAGCAACAUAUUACAAGAGGGCGAAGGUCAGCUUUGAGAAGGCCCUUGAGGGAGAUGCUGGAAAUGUGUCCUUCAACGUGGGGUACGGGGUGGUUCUGUACAGAAUAGAGGGGCUUGUUCAAGAUGAAAGACUGAGGUCUAAGAAGAGUGAAGCCAUCCCUCAGCUGGAAAAAGCAUUACUCUUAGAUCCCGACAAUGCUGAGGUAAUGGUGCUCUUGGCCCUGAAGCUUCAAAAAAGUGAUAAAUACAAAUCCCUAAAACUGAUUGAAGGUGCCCUCAAGCUGUCCUCUGAUGUGCCCCAAGUGAUGCGAUAUGUGGCCAAGUAUUUCAGAGGGGAAGAUUCCACUGAGGCAUCCCUGGAUAUUCUGGAAAAGGUGCUGGAGCAGACCCCUAGCUCUUCUUUCCUGCACCACCAGAUUGGCAUGUGCCACAAGCAGCAGCUCAUCAAGAUGUUGCAGAAAGGACCACGGAGCUGUGUACCAGCAAAUCUGAAGAGGGCCAAGGCUGAGCAGUGCAUCAAGCACUUCAGCAAGGCAGUGGAGCUGAAGCCCUCCAAUAUAUAUGCCCAGGUGAACCUGGCUGAGGCCUACAGCGAGAACGAGCAGCUGACUGAGGCGGAGGAGAUCUUCACCGAGCUGCUCCGGGGCGGCUCUCUGCGGGACCCGGAGAAGCAGCACGUUCAAACGUCUUACGGCCUGUUUCUGCUGUACAAGAAGAGGGCGGAGGACCGCGCUGUCGUGCAGCUCAAAGCUGCCUACCGAAUGAAGAUGCAGAACUACAACAGGAAACAAGCUGGCAGAAAGCUGGAGCAAAUUGCAGGGAGGUGGCAAAAAAACAGGCAGAGGGCUGCGGAAGCAAAUGAAAUUCUGGCCUUCCUGAGGGCUGAAGACAAGCUUUCUGCUGAAACUGAUGACCUCUCUGCUGCCUUUGAGAGGGGAAUGAAGUUCAAAUAAUGACUAUAAGGAGUGGAAACAUAACAACCACUGAUUUAAUUUUAUUACAGGUGAUGAUUGCAACACUUGAUUUAUACUGUCAUUUUCAAAUUUAGCAUGUAAGCAACCUCAGAGGUUAAAUAUCCUAAUCAUGAGCUUUUACAAUAUUACUGUGUAAUGCAAUAGUUUAAUGACUGACAUAAUUGACAUUUAAUGUGACACCCUGGGGGGACAGCUCAAGACGGCACCAUACUAUAAUGGCGUGCAGAUUAAAAUACAUUUAAAUUGUAUGCAUUAAAAGGAAUGCAAUUGCAACAUCAUCACUGUGUUUCUAUAGUUGUUACAGACAUUAUCCAGAAAUCAAUUGUAUUUGUUUUGCUGAAAUUACAUGAGUGACAUGUGACAAAAUUCUAAUUUCCAAGUAAAUAAUUACCAUAAGGCAACGGUUUCUUUGCCAGCAUCCAAAACAUGACUCCCUGCUGUAAAGUACUAUGGGGAAUAUUAUUUCAGAACACAUACAAUGUAUUAGCUGCAGAAUGCAUGCACUGUUUUUUAUGUACUGCUUUACAAACAGUAAAAUGUUAAGUUUUAAAUACAGAGUACAUACUGUAUGUAUGAUCACUGUUGGACUUGUGUAAUGCUUGAGUUGAAUUAACAAUGGUCAUUUUACUGAGCAGAAUGAGAGAGAAUGAAAAAUGUAUUUCACUGUAUGUUUUUAACAAAUACAAAGGUGAAACAUUCAUGGUACAAAACAAAAACCUAAAAACCUAAAAAGAAAUUGCACAAACACCAUAAAUGCCAGCGUUGUGGACAGAGGAACCAAAAGGAUGAAAUAAUAAAGUUCAUAAUAAAGUCCAGACAGUGGGUCAUGAGCAAAGUGAACUGGGUACUGUGGAUCAGGCAGGCGGAAGUCGAGGGCCGGCGAAGUCAGCGCACAGGGACAGCAGGAGGGCGAAGAAGGGUGCUGAAGGAUGGUUUGGGGCAGAGGAGAGAAGGACAGAGAGGCUUAUUAGCAACACUGACAAGAAACAAGGAGAAACAGGUGAGAAAAUUGCCAGGGAGGAAAUACAUAUAUGAUGUCAAAGGCGGAGACACGUAAUGGGGAGAAAUACAUGUAUGGUGUGGAAGGCGGAGACACGUAAUGGGGAGAAAUACAUGUAUGGUGUGGAAGGCGGAGACACGUAAUGGGGAGAAAGGGAAAAGAAGGACUGGAUCAGAGCUGAGAAAGCACAUAGAAAAUGGGGAAACAAGGAAAAAGUGCACUGACAUGCAGGGGUGGUUCUAGGACUUUUUUAUUUAUUGGGGUGGCCAAGGGGGGUGAAAGGGUUGUCUUUGGAUGGCCACCAUAUCUUCUGGCUCUGUGCGCACAAAACCUUUUCUGUGGUUAUUUACGUUUUCUGAUAAGCUACGUUGGUGUGAUUUGCAUUUUUAUUAAUUAAAGAUAACAAGAUCAAGAGAGCCUUAAUUAAUAAUCAAACUAUACAAUGCAUUGUCUUAUUUAAUGUAAAUGUAUUUAUUUGAUUUAAUAUAAAAUAAAUUAUAGCAUGACUAAUUUACAUGACUAAGAUUUUAUGAUUUUACUAUUUACAAAGUGUUGUAACAACAAUAACCACAAAAUGAACUAUU